AUAAUGGGUGCGCGUGUGUUGAACUAACGCGAGACCAAGCCAAUGAAGUCUUCUAAGCAAGCUGUGUUUUAUCUUCUUUGAAGACUUUGAGAGAAAAUACUUUUGCGAAUCGUCCAAUUUACAUAUUUUUGCUCUGGCAAGUGUGUAAGAAUUUCUUCACAAAGAGUCGUAUAUCGGGGAAAGGAACUUCUUUGACGACCAUCUGCGGAGUGUUUUGCAUCAAGUUCGCGAGCUGUAUCGACUCGAGUCAAAAGCUGCUGGUUUAAGACGACAUCUGCCGUGCCGCAUCUGCGAUCAGACUGCCCUUCAUGAAAGUUGUCAGAGGCCAGUCUUUGAUUGACCAUGGCACUGCCCAAGCUGGACAUCAAUACUGGUCUGCCCCCAGCCCAGGGACUGUAUAACCCAGAGAAUGAGAAAGAUGCCUGUGGGGUGGGGUUCAUUGUCAACAUCAAAGGAGAACAAUCCAAUAAGAUUAUAAAGGAUGCCCAGACCAUCCUGUGUCGCAUGAAGCAUCGAGGGGCUACGGGAGGGGAUAAUGACACUGGAGAUGGUGCUGGUGUUAUGACAGGCAUACCUCACAAACUCUACGCACGUAGACUCAGAGAGGAGCAGCAGAUAGAGCUGCCAGAGCCUGGACACUAUGCCACUGGUAUCUUCUUCCUAGACCCCCUAACAGCCAACCAGUGUGAGCAAAAGUUUGAAGAACUUGCCAUUGAGUGUAAAUUAAAGGUACUAGCCUGGCAUAACGUACCACACGAUACAAGCGUUCUAGGCCAUACUGGCAGAGCAAGGGAACCCCUAUUGCGGCAGGUCUUUGUGACGGGCGAACAGGAGAAGGAACUCUUUGAGCAACGCGUGUUUGCAUUGAGGAAAAGGGCUACCCAUACCAUUCCAAAGAAAGACCUGCGUUUCUACAUCUGUACAUUGUCUUCAAAGUCCAUUGUGUAUAAGGGUUUGUUUACACCGUUUCAACUAUGGAAGUACUUUGGAGACUUUGCGGACCCAGACUACGAGACCCACUUUGCAGUGGUCCACAGUAGGUUCUCAACCAACACCUUCCCCAGCUGGGAGAGAGCACACCCUCACAGAUACGUCGCCCACAAUGGAGAGAUCAACACCAUCCGAGGCAAUGAGAACCUGAUGAGGGCUAGAGAGGGCGUCAUGAGCAGCUCUAAGUACGGUGACGAGCUCAAACAGCUCUAUCCUGUGGUGGAGGAGGGGCUACCAGACUCUGGACGGGUGGAUAAUGUCCUGGAGUUCCUCAUCAUGGCCGGAGGUCGAUCCCUGCCAGAGGCUGUAAUGACUAUGAUCCCAGAGGCCUGGCAUAAGGACACUAUGAUGAGUGAGGAGAAACGGAACUUUUACCGCUGGGCUUCGUUUGCUAUGGAAGCAUGGGACGGACCAGCCCUGUUCACAUUCGCUGACGGCCGUUAUGUCGGAGCUAUCCUGGACCGCAACGGCCUCCGCCCUUCACGCUACUACAUCACCAAGUCGGGCUUCGUGGUCAUGGCCAGCGAGGUAGGGGUGUUGAACGUAGCUCCAGAGGACACACAGUCUAAGAGCCGUCUCAAGCCAGGCAGGAUGCUGCUCGUCGAUACAGAGCUCGGAGAGUUCAUCAACGAUGUGGACAUCAAGCAUCACAUUGCUACCCUCAGACCGGUCAAGCAGUGGAUGGACCAACAGGCUGUCACCCUAAAGGACUUCUACAAGGCUCACCUGGAAACGAGGGGCGAGGAGCCAGAGAUCAGUCCUCUUGUUCCCGUCCAGUCCGAUCAUCGUCUCUCCAUGUUUGGCUAUAGCGUGGAGCAUAUCAACCUGCUUCUCGUUCCAAUGGUGAAGAACAAGAAAGAGCCCCUAGGAUCUAUGGGUAACGACGCGCCUCUGGCUUGCCUGUCUCAGCGUAAUCCAUUGGUCUUUGAGUACUUCAAGCAACUCUUUGCCCAGGUCACCAACCCACCUAUUGAUCCCAUCAGGGAGAGUAUCGUCAUGUCACUGGCAUGCCCUAUCGGCCCUGAAGACAACAUCUUGGAGCCAAGCGAGAAGCAGUGCAACCGUCUCUUUUUAGAAACUCCCGUCUUGACCUUGCACGACCUUGAGAUCAUCAAAGACACAUCUCUUCGCACAUGGAAGACUAAGACCAUUGACAUCACUUUCCCUGUGGAAGCUGGAUAUGCAGGACUGGUCCCAGCGAUAGACCGGAUCUGUGCAGAGUGUUCCGAGGCAACAGAGCAGGGCUAUACUCUUUUGGUCUUGUCCGACAGAGCUGCAGGUCCAGAAAGAGUGCCAGUCAGCCCUCUGCUAGCCUUGGGGGCAUCCCACCACCACCUGAUCAAGACCCGACAGCGUCUUCACGUCGGUCUCAUCGUAGAGACGGGAGAGGCCCGCGAGAUGCACCAUCUCUGCCUGUUGCUAGGUUAUGGUGCGGAUGCGAUCUGUCCCUACCUCCUGUACGAGUGCCUGAUUAGCCUCCAUGAGCAGAGCCUUUUGGGAGUGGAAUUCGGACCCAAGGAGAUUCAGCAGAGGGUCAUUGCCGCGACUGAGAAGGGUAUCGCUAAGGUGAUGGCUAAGAUGGGCAUCUCACUCCUCCAGAGUUACAAGGGAGCUCAAAUCUUUGAGGCAGUUGGUCUCGCCGAGGAGGUGGUCGACAAGUGCUUCAUAGGAACAGCAUCUAGGCUUGGUGGAGCCACGUUUGAGAUCCUGGCUGAAGAGGCUUUUGAGAGGCACAGAAUGGCUUAUGCAGAGGCUCAAGGAGACAUAUCUAGUAACCUGGAGGGUGGAUCGUACCAUUGGCGUGAUGGGGGUGAGAAGCACGUCAACGAUCCUGUCAGCAUUGCAAACCUGCAGGAUGCUGCACGUAACAAGAAUCAGAAUGCCUAUCAGAAGUUUGUAGAGUCACAGAAAGAAUCGGUGCGUAUGUGUACCCUGAGAGGUCAACUUGAGAUGGUGAAGAGUGCUGAGCCGCUUGACCUCUCCCUGGUGGAGGAAGCUGCUUCCAUAGUCAAGAGGUUCAACACCGGUGCCAUGAGCUUUGGUAGUCUCUCCAUAGAGGCUCAUAGUACAUUGGCAAAGGCUAUGAACAGGAUUGGUGCCAAGAGUAAUACGGGAGAGGGCGGGGAGAAUGAAGACCGGUACCUGCACACGGAGGACCCCCUGAAUAACACCCGCUCAGCUAUCAAGCAGGUAGCUUCAGGGAGGUUUGGUGUGACCAGCUCCUAUCUGGCCCACUCGGAUGAGCUGCAGAUCAAGAUGGCCCAGGGUGCUAAGCCAGGAGAAGGGGGUGAACUGCCAGGAUAUAAGGUCACCGAAGCCAUUGCCUCCACCAGGUAUUCCAUCCCCGGAGUGGGGCUGGUUUCCCCGCCCCCUCAUCAUGAUAUCUACUCCAUCGAGGACCUCGCAGAGCUCGUCUACAAUCUCAAGUGCUCCAACCCGGAGGCCAGGAUCAGUGUCAAGCUUGUGUCAGAGGUCGGCGUAGGGGUCGUCGCUGCUGGGGUUGCCAAGGGUAAAGCUGAACACAUCACCAUCUCAGGCCACGACGGAGGGACGGGGGCUAGCACAUGGACCGGAAUCAAACACGCUGGGUUGCCAUGGGAACUCGGAUUAGCAGAGACUCAUCAGACUUUGGUUCUCAAUGACCUUAGGUCAAGGGUCGUCCUGCAGACAGACGGCCAGCUGAGGACAGGUCAUGACGUGAUCGUAGCAGCUCUUCUAGGGGCAGAUGAGUUCGCUUUCUCCACCACGCCUCUUAUUGUAAUGGGAUGUACCAUGAUGAGGAAAUGCCAUCUUAACACUUGCCCUGUAGGAGUGGCUACUCAGGAUCCUGAAUUGAGGAAGAAGUUUGAGGGUCAACCUGAGCAUGUUGUCAACUAUUUCUUCAUGCUUGCAGAGGAGAUCCGUUCUCACAUGGCACAGAUGGGAUUCAGAACCUUCCAGGAGAUGAUUGGUCGAUGUGACAUGCUCCAGCCUGUCCAGGAGAAGACUAAUGGCAAGAGCAAGCUUCUUAACUUUGACCAGGUACUGACCAAGGCUUCUGACCUUCGACCCGGUGCCAGGCACAUCGGAGGCACUGCUAAGCAGGACUUUUCCCUGGACAAAAGAUUGGACAAUUUGUUGAUAGAAAGAGCGAGUGAUGUUCUGAAGGGAACUAGCAAGCAAGUUAAGAUAAACAUGGACAUCACCAAUGAAUCCAGAGCCUUCGGAACCACCCUCAGCUUUCACAUCUCAAGGAAGUAUCGUGAGAAAGGCCUUCCAGACAAGUCGAUUGAGAUCAAGUUGACUGGUUCAGCCGGCCAGAGCUUCUGUGCUUUCCUGGCCAAGGGUGUUCAUGUAGAGCUAGAAGGUGAUUGCAAUGACUAUGUAGGAAAGGGCCUGUCUGGUGGCACGGUGAUUGUUUACCCUCACCGUAACAUACCCGAAGCCUUCGUGUCUGAACUCAACAUCAUCGUCGGCAAUGUGUGCCUAUAUGGCGCCACCAGUGGGAAGGCUUUCUUCAGGGGGUGGACUGCUGAACGUUUCUGCGUCAGGAACUCGGGAGCUCUUGCAAUCUGUGAGGGCGUAGGAGACCACGGCUGUGAGUACAUGACUGGAGGACGAGCCAUUAUUCUAGGAGCUACUGGACGGAACUUUGCUGCAGGCAUGUCAGGUGGUAUCGCCUAUGUCUAUAAUGUUUGGAAUGAUUUCUAUCCGAAGUGCAAUACAGAGUCUGUUGUCCUUGAGCCACUAGUCAAAGACAUCGACAUCACCUUCUUGAAGGAAAGUCUAGCAGAGUUCAUCUCAUACACUGGGUCAAAGGUCGCGACCAAGAUACUGGAAAACUGGGAAACAGAGAGCCAACGAUUUGUCAAGGUCUUCCCCAAUGAGUACCGUCGAGCUCUGCGGGAGAAGCGAGAUAAAGCCCUUGCAGAGGAAAAGGCCAAGCAGGAGGCGGAGCUUCCUCAGAACGGUCUGACCAAUGGCACCAAUGGCCACGCCCUCAAUGGCCAUGCCCCCAAUGGUCAACCAUCCAAUGGGAUGAAUGGAUCAGAUGAUGGCAGGCAUGUCAAGCAGGAGCCUAAGGUGACGGACAUUGAGUCUACCAUCCCAGACCUGGAGCAGGAGAAGAAGACCAUUGAGAGAGUCUUGGAUAAGACCAGAGGCUUUGUGAAGUACGGAAGGAACAAUGAUCAGUACCGUGAUGUUGAAGUACGCAUGAAGGACUGGGGUGAGAUCUACAAUCACAAAGGAGUCAAGAAACAACUCAAAGUCCAAGCAGCAAGAUGUAUGGACUGUGGUACUCCGUUCUGCCAGGCGCACACCGGCUGUCCCCUGGGUAACAUCAUACCCUCCUGGAAUGACCUCGUCUUUAGAGACCAGUGGAAGGAGGCCCUCGAGAGACUGCUUGCAACCAACAACUUCCCAGAGUUCACUGGGAGAUGCUGUCCCGCUCCGUGUGAGGGAGCGUGUGUUCUAGGCAUCAACGCCCCACCCGUCACCAUCAAAAACAUUGAGUGUGCCAUCAUCGACCACGCCUUUGAGCAGGGCUGGAUACGCCCCGAGCCCCCUCUCCACCGGACCGGCAAGAGAGUAGCGGUCAUCGGGAGUGGACCCUCUGGCCUGGCUGGAGCUGCCCAGCUUAACAAGGCCGGUCAUCUAGUGACCGUCUAUGAGAGGAAUGACCGAUGUGGGGGCCUGCUCAUGUAUGGUAUCCCUACGAUGAAGAUGAGCAAAAGUGCUAUUGAGCGCAGACUAAAACUCCUGGAAGAUGAAGGGGUGAAGUUUGUGACUAACGCUGAGAUAGGAAAGAAUGUCAACGGCUGGGACCUCAUGAAGGAGAAUGAUGCCAUCUUACUGUGUAUGGGAUCAACCAGGCCCAGGGGCCUACCAAUACCAGGUCGUGACCUGAACGGUAUCAAGUAUGCCAUGCAGUUCUUGGAGCCAUGGCAGAAGAAACAGAUGGGUAACCAGUCCGAUUACAUCGAUGCUAAGGGCAAGGACAUCCUCAUCAUUGGAGGAGGUGAUACCGGUGUGGAUUGCAUCGGUACUUCACUCAGGAUGGAUGCCAAGUCGAUCACGACCUUUGAGAUCUUGACUGAGCCCCCUCCUAGCCGAGCUGCUAACAAUCCCUGGCCAACCUGGCCCCGUAUCCUCAGAGUGGACUAUGGUCACUCAGAGGUCAAGCUCAAACAUGGACAGGACCCACGUCACUUUGAGAUACUCAGCGAGGAGUUCCUUGAUGAUGGAGAGGGCAAUGUGUCAGGAAUCCGUACCAUUGAGAUCAAAUGGACCAAGGACGCAACGGGACGCUACAACAUGGAGAAGAUCCCUGGAACCGAGAAGAUCUUCAAAGCGGACCUGGUCCUGCUCGCUAUGGGCUUCCUAGGACCAGAACAGAACCUGAUUGAGGAGCUAGGAGUGGACCAGGACCCAAGGUCUAACAUCCAGACCCCUAACGGGAAGUACCACACCAGUCUGGAUAAGGUGUAUGCUGCGGGAGAUUGUCGACGAGGCCAGUCCCUGGUUGUGCAUGCCAUCAACGAAGGUCGUCAGGCAGCUAGGCAGAUAGACCUGGACUUGAUGGGAUGUACUAGUCUAGCUGGACCAGGAGGGGUAGUCCAUACUCCUGGGAACAAACUUUCCAACUGCAAGGAUAAGCUCUAUACCCCUAUCAUCGAAGCCAUGGCCUAAACAACCACUCACAUUGUUUCAAUAGAGGUACAUGUAUAUCUCUAUACAAUCUUACAUGUAUAUUAGAGACCCUGUUGGGCAGUUAGAUAUUGGUGCUUUACAAAUUACCAGAUUGGAUAGGAGAUUGGAAUACGUCCAUUAUGUUUCAGGUUUACAUGUACCUGUUACUUAUCUCUUUCUAUAUCACCUUCCCACCUGUUCAUUAUACAUUUAUAGAUACAGGAGAAACCAGAUUUUCCAUGAGUUGUCAAAAAGCUGCCCAAACCAAUACACUGUAUGUUUAUGGCUCGAAAAAGAUUAGUGUUGAAGAGAGGGUUUUGAAUUUAGUCGUACCGAAAAAGAUGUCAGAACCUAACCCCUAAAGUUGCUGAUGGCUUUACAUAAGCUACAACCCAGUAUCUGCAAGCCCUUAUAUUUAAUGGAUCCAUUAGGAAAGAGGGGUGGUCUACCUGUUUGAUCUCAAGGUCCUAAAUUUACCACCCAUAGCCAAGCAUCACAGUAUCAUCACUUCAAACAUUGAAUAAUUGUCAAUGUUUACAUGGCAGUAUAUAAACAGCAAUGUUCAUUGCAUCGUUGAUCUUACAUGUAUUAUGAUUAUGUGCUGAAAUAUUAUCCAGUGCAAUUGAUGACAUUUUAUUUUGAUACCUUUCAUCAUUUUAUGUUCCACUUUUAAAGUAGUUUCCUUUUAUCCCACUGUUACUUAGAGUUUCUUUGCCAUCCUGUCAAAUAUGAAUUGUGACAUGUCAUUUUGAAAUCCUACCAAGUCAUAGUUUGCAAUGUUAGUAAAGAUUUUUAGAUAAAUCAUGCUCAGUUUUAUCUGUUUUUAACUCUAUUCAUUCCUCUCUUUUAUUUUUUUGAACGAUCUUACACAUAUUCUUAAAAUCAUUUCUGUAGAACAAUGUUCAUAGAAGUGUACUAAGUCAAGUUUGUGACCCUUUUGAAUUCAGAUGACAACACAUUUGAAAAUGUUUUUGAAGUAAUAUCACAAGGAUGUAUUAAUCAUGACCAUUGACGUAUUAAGUUUGACAAAGAAUUGUGACAGUAGCUGAUCUGCAUUAUGAUUAUUUAUGAGAGAAUUAAGUGAUCUACCUUUUAUUACCUUGAAUUCUAUUUAAUGGUCGAAAAUGCUCUUUUUCAUCUUAAUUUUGGUUUUAAUUGUAUGGCAUCAUGUUUCUUGUAAAUGUGAUUCAUAUUGAGAUUUUAAAAGUGAUUUUUUUCCCUCUAUUUCACUUAUCAUGAAUGUACUUUUAUAACAAUUUUAAAAUCUAAUCUCAACUACUGGUAAUGAUUAUCGUAUAGUUUUGUUUGCAGUGUGUCAGUUGAGUGAGUUGUUUAGAUUAGACAGUAAUAUUCAUGAGUUUUCAAUCAACUGCUAUAAAAGUAGAAAUAUUUCUGUUACAUUACUUUUUCGCGAACUUUAGAAGUCACGAAAACAUAAGCAUGACUUCUUAUGCAUGUUUUAGACGGGUUUAAAUGCAUGCAACGCAAAUUUAAGAACCAGUGAAUAUGGUUUGGGUCGCUGUGUGCAAAAAAUUAAUCACAUGAAAAUAAUGGCUUUACUAGUUGUAUCACUUGAAAGAGAUUAAUCUUUGUUUACAUAUUUUAUGAAUAUUCUGCCUGUAAACUUUUUUGAGUGAUGUGUGUGGAAUUACUAAGUUGCUCUUUGAUUUGUUGCCAAUCGAAACCCUAUACUGCCGCUUUGUGUGGAAAAUAAUAUUAUGUUCCAUGUGAUUAUAUACAUGUGACAAAAAUCAAUUGUGGCCGUCCACUAUUAGUCGCAUUAGUCUACCAAAGCAAUCAGAGAGUUUGGGAAUAUGUUCCACCUAAAAGGUGAUUGAAUGUUUCUCCAAGAUAUUGGAGUUGUCUCUGCACAAAAAAGGGUGCUAUCGGUCAACACUGUUUAAUACAGGUUUUGAUGUUUAUAAGAUGAUGACGUGGAUCCUAAUCAAAUGAUUGGUUGGGAGCGUACACGUGACCAGGCAUUUAUUUUGCCUAAGUUUUUACUAAUGACCGGUCAUUAGUAAAAUCAUGUUAUAAAACAUCAUUUUAUAAAAGAUAAAAUAUCAUCAGGCAUGUUACUUUGUGUGGGUAAUUCUUACUAAUGCCCUCACUGCUGUGUAUUAUGUGUAAUAUUUAUAUAAUUAUUGAGAAACCUUGAAAAAGGUUACCACUGUCAUGGAAAAACCUGGAAAAUCAGGGGGAAGUAAAUUCUUCUGAAUAAGGGAAGAAAAAAAAUCUCUCAAAGACAUGGAAAUUUGAUUGUGGGUGUGGGCCGUAUGUGGCUGUGGCAGCUUGGCUGCUGCAAAGAAUGCCAAAAUGGUACGUACUUAUAUGCCAUUUGGUCAUGGAAAAAAGGCAAAAGUUGUUAAUGGAAAGCCAUGGAAUUUGGUUCUCAGAUAUACCACCAAAACCCUGCUGAAAAAGAAAAGUUAUGAGUGUUAUGAAAUAAUGUUGUCUGAUAUGUUUCUAUGUUAAUUACAGAAUUAUCAAGUCCUGUUUAAAGAGUAAAUGAUUAUAUUACCUGAGUGUGAUAAUCGGAGGAUUUCAUGGGGUUAUUAAUCAUGACUUUAUUGUUUGUUUGAUUGAUAUGGUAGAAGACCAAAUGGAUAAUGUGAUUUUAUUGGCUGAUUUAUGAUAGUUAAUAUUGAAAUACAUUUAUAGGCUUUUAGUAGCAAAGAGGUUAAAGAUAAUUGUGCUGAGAUUAUCAUUUUAUUUUUCUGACUCACCAAUGUUUAUAGCAUAUAUCAAUCUGGUUACUUUCCUACCAUGCUGGACAAAAGUUACCCUUUAGCAAAAAUAUGAAAUGUAGAGUUAUUUUUGGAUUUGCAGUGAUGUGAAAGUUCAUGCAUGAUAGUUGUAUGUUAGUGUCAGAAUAUUAUUCCUGCCACAUGUGUAAUGACUUAAAAUGUAUUUUAGCUCUUCUUACAGCUCAAAAUGUAGUACAUGUAUUGAUGUUUUCCCUAACCCAGCAAUACUUGGGGAAAAGUGAACUGAAAAAACCUGACCAGUAUGCCAUAGCCUAUUACUAGCAUAUGUGUGCAAGUCCACUGGAUUAUCAUUAUAUAUAUACAUCAAAGUUUGUAAUAGUACCAUACAGUAUGUAUGCAGUACCUUUUGGUGAACAAUGUCAGAAAAAAAUGUGGUUGCCAAAUAUUCAAAUAUGUUGUCAUCCUUGCCCUUUACUUGUUUUUCAGUCACAAAGCGGUCACAACGCAACAAUUUUUAGAACACACAUUGUUUAAGUCUUGUCCGCCAUUUUAUGUGACUGUUUUAUAGUCAAUAUGCAUGCAUGUAAAUUCAGUUAUAGAAUGGAGUACGAUUAGUGCAAAUUCCGAUCCGUUUAUUACCUGGCCAUAAAGUGUUGAGCACAAUUGACAUGAAAUUCAUUUUGUUUAUUUCUGAACCACCUUUGAUUUUGCCUGGUAAUUGUCUUAUGAAAACUGUAUUUUUGGAUGGAAUUAUUUUGAAUUUUGAAUUGUAUACUAGGAAGAAUAUUGCUGGUUAAAAUAUAUUGUGUAUAGCAAUAAAUAUGAUCAUGGUAUUGUUAAA